AUGGGUCGGCCUCCAAGUAACGGAAGUCCGGCGUUCCGGUUUAACAUGGCUGAGGUAACGGAGAUGGAAGCAAUAUUGUUACAGCAUGAUACAUCAAUGCCUGGUCGACAUAUUCUUGAAGAUCUUGCUCACAAGUUUAGUGAAUCAGUGGAGCGGAAAGGGAAGAUCGUUGUGCAAUUCAAACAAAUCUGGAACUGGUUCCAGAAUAAGAGAUAUGCUCUACGAAAUAAAGCUCCUGGGAAGCUAAAUGUAUCUUCCAUGCCGCGUAGUAAUAUGGAUUUAACUAAUCAGAUGAGAAAUGUGCUUCCACCAUCAACCGCUCCUAAACCUGCUCAUAUCACUGGAAAUCUACCCCUCAUGACCACUGCUCCUUCCGCUCCCGGUGUCAUGAGGAGUGGUUCAGACAACUCUUAUUUGGAAUUUGAAGCCAAAUCUACCAGGGAUGGUGCAUGGUAUGAUGUGCAAUCUUUCUUAGCUUAUAGAAACUUGGAGACUGGUGAUCCGGAAGUGCAGGUUCGAUUUGCGGGUUUUGAAGUUGACGAAGUUGAAUGGAUAAAUGUCAAGAAGCACGUAAGGCAACGGUCACUCCCAUGUGAAGCAUCAGAAUGUGUUGCAGUUCUUGCUGGAGAUCUCGUACUUUGCUUCCAGGAAGGCAAAGAUCAAGCUCUUUACUUUGACGCCAAGGUUCUUGAUGCACAAAGAAGAAGACACGAUGUCAGAGGUUGUCGUUGUAGGUUCUUGGUUCGCUACAACCACGACCAGUCCGAGCAGGAAAUCGUUCCCUUGAGGAAGAUUUGCAGGCGGCCUGAGACAGAUUACAGGCUACAGCAACUUCACAGUGCUUCCAAUGACUUUGCUAACUCGAUUCAGCCCCAGAAACCCGCUCCAGAAGUGGCUACAAAAACUCCUCUUUCACAAUCCCCCGCCUCAGUUCCUAUUGUUCCACCCGAUGUGAAAGAUCCGAGCUUAACCGCUGCUUCAGCCACUGCAGUUCAGCCUAGCUCCAAUGCAGCCACUGUCCCCGCUGGUUCUGCAUAG